GCGCAUCAUUCAAGCAUCAGUGUUUUAAACAUCAUGUCAAUAUCGCAUUUUGAUAUUAAGUCGAGCAAAUGGCUACUACUGAGAAUAGCAUUGAAGACGCCUUGAGUGAUUGGGCUACUUGCUGUAGUUGAAAUGACACGAUAGACACAUCUGUUUGAUUCUCAGCCUGAGAUCAGAGUCACACCGAGCAUGCUUGGAUAAUUUCCCGUAACGUGCAAGUGCUAUGCUGGGGACAGGGUCACGGUGUACACGGCACGAAAAAUGGCGCGGGUGACUUUGGCCAUAUCUUCCCUGAGAUGGCUUAUGUUGAUCGCGCUGUUGCUAGAUUCAGACCUGUCUCAUCGCACGGUGGCCAAGGGUUUCCUGCUAAACGAAGGUCCUAACCCAAAAGACCCUGAAGAAGCAGGGAAGUUUGAGGGCGACAUUGACAUCAGUAGUGACGGUCUGAAGCGUAACGUAAUUUUGUCUGCAAAUAAAUGGAAGAAUGGAACUGUGUUUUAUGAGAUUGACCAGAAAUAUGUGUCAUGGCAGAGUAAAGCUAUCACUCGCGCAUUGUGCGAGUUUGAGCGUCUCGUGAAUAAAAAGGGUUCCUGUAUUCAUUUUGUUCCCAGAUUCCAAGAGAAAGAUUACGUUUUUAUCAGUCCUGUGAAACCAAGCUGUUAUUCUAAGCUGGGCCGUGACGGUGGUAAACAAGUUACAUCCCUAGGGAUUCCAUGCCUGUAUCUUCCAGGGAAAGUCAUGCAUGAGAUGAUGCACGUGCUGGGGUUCCUACACGAACAGAGCCGUACUGACAGAGAUGGCAUGGUAAAGAUUGCCUGGGAUAAUAUCGAGGACGGGCACGCAAUGAAUUUUGACAAAUACAACCCCCAGACAGCAGACGGACUGAACCUUCCAUAUGACUACGGCAGCGUGAUGCAUUACAGCGAGAAAGCGUUUUCAAAGAAUGGCCGCGACACUAUCAUCCCUCGUGUUAAAGGUGUGAUGAUCGGACAAAGAAUCACACUGAGCGAGCUUGAUGUUAAGAAAGUUCGACAUUACUACAACUGUGAUAAAAGUCAUGACCUUCAGCUGAAAUAAAUUCAGCUUAUCCUUUUCUGAACUCCUUUCGUCCUCGUAAAAUAACUGAGAGAAAAACAAUUAUAGGCCUACUUGGCAACUACGUAGCGAAGAAUAUUUUUCUCUAUUCUAGCGUUUAAAGUGAGUAUAAAAGGAAGAGCUAAAUUUACUUAUAUACCGAUAUGUUAACCAGCAGACACAUUCAGUAAUACGUGAAGAAGUUGUGAAGUACGCUGCAAAUUCUGUGAUGAAAAAUAAAACACAG